UUUCCAGCACGUUUCUUGUAGGAAAACCUUGGUCCGGUGAGAUGGAGCGGGAGCAGGACGCUGGGACGCCGCUGCCCGGGAGGCGCGUGCGCGCGGACACGCGCCACCCGGUGUACCGUGGCAUCCGGUACCGCGGGGGCAAGUGGGUGUCGGAGAUCCGGGAGCCGCGCAAGUCCAACAGGAUCUGGCUGGGCACGUACCCGACGCCCGAGAUGGCCGCCGCCGCGUACGACGCCGCCGCGUUGGCGCUGCGGGGCGCCGAGGCCGCGCUCAACUUCCCCGGCGCCGCCGCGUCCCGCGCGGCACCGGUGUCGUGCUCCCCCGACGAUAUCCGCGCGGCGGCUUCCGCGGCUGCCGCCACGAUGAUGGCGGCUGCGAUUGCGAGCACGUCGUCGGGGUCGGAGAACGCCGGCGCUGCGUCGGCGUCGGAGCAGCGUGAGAAGCGCAUUGUGGACGAGGACGACGUGUUCCAGAUGCCGCGGCUGCUGGAGGGCAUGGCCGAGGGGCUGAUGAUGAGCCCGCCGCGGCUCAGCCCCACGGCGGAAGGAGCCGGGUCGUUGGAGGAGGACGGCAACGACGAUGGCAUGAGCUUGUGGGAUCACUCCUGA